AUGAUCUACACAAACAAAAGGGUUCUUCAUUAUCUUACUAAAGGUGACGGCUUUUUUCUAUCCUCUUCUUCCUCAUACCUCUCGAUACUUCCUCAUCGUUUUCCGCAUGAUGGCGAUACUGGAUCAAGAUACCUUUCGCAUCAAAAGAUUUUGUUUCUAAGAAAUAAUUCCACAGUUGCCCAAAUCACUAAGCUCAACGACGCCCUCCAUCUGUUUGAUCAAAUGCUUCACAGGCAACCUCGACCAUCAAUCUUCGAAUUUACCAAGCUGAUCACUGUUAUUGCCAAGAUGGAGCAUUACUCAACCGCGGUUUCUCUUUUUAAGCAAAUAAAUUUAAUGGGUAUUCCGAGUGAUUUAUUUGCAAUCAACAUCUCUAUCAACUGCCAUUGCCACCUUAACCAAGUGAAGUAUGGUUUUGCUUUAUUAGCCAUCAUCGUAAAGCAAGGGCAUCCACCCAAUGUGACCACCUACAGCACUCUCAUAAACGGGCUAGUUCUAACGGAUCAUGUUUUUGAAGCUGUUGAAUUAUUCAAGAAACUGCUCAGAGAGAAGCUUUGUGAACCUAAUCAAGUUAUGUAUGGAACUGUUAUCAACGGGCUUUGUAAAGUAGGCCACUGUAGCAGGGCUCUUGACUUGCUCAGGUUCAUGGAAGCAAGCUCAUGUAAACCCUAUGUAGCACAAUACAACACAAUCAUCGAUAGCCUCUGCAAAGACAACAUGAUUUGA